CACUCGUACCCUCCUCUGUCGCGCCACACGGCACGGCGGCACCGCCAUGUCCUUCGUCGCCGCCGUCGCGUCGCCUAAACCCUAAACCCGCCGCCGGCCGCCGCGCCCAAUGGCGUACCUCUUCUCCUCCCCGGACUCCAAAUCGCUCUCGAUCACCACCUCCACCCUGUUCCUAUCGUCGCUCGCGUCCCUCCCCAACGAAACCCCCUCUACCUCCGCCGCGUCCCCGCUCUCACCCGUCCCCGCCUCCGUGCCGGCUACUGCGCUCAUCCCCGGCUCCCGCUUCCUCGUCGACGCCUUCCGCCACGCCGGCGAUUACUCCGUCUCCUACUUCCUCUCCCACUUUCACUCCGACCACUACGUCGGCCUCGGGCCCUCCUGGCGCCGUGGCCUCGUCUUCUGCUCCGCCAUCACCGCGCGCCUCCUCGUCUCCGUGCUCUCUGUUCCGCCGCAACUCGUCGUCGUAGUUGAUGUUGGUACCCACGUCAACGUAGAUGGGUGGGGCGUCGUCGCUGUGGAUGCUAACCAUUGUCCUGGUGCCGUUCAGUUCCUCUUCCGCUCAUCUGGACCAAACGCGGAGAGGUAUGUCCACACCGGUGAUUUCCGGUUUUCUCAAUCUAUGAGGACCGAACGUAAUUUGCUGGAGUUCAUCGGUGCUGAUGCUGUAUUUCUAGAUACCACGUAUUGCAAUCCCAAAUUCACAUUUCCUUCACAAGAGGAGUCACUGGAUUAUGUUGUGAACACAAUCAAGCGGGUGAAAGAUGAGAGAGGAGCAGCUGGAGAGCGUGUGCUAUAUUUGAUCGCGACCUAUGUUGUGGGCAAGGAGAGGAUUUUGCUGGAAGUUGCACGACGCUGUGGCUGUAAGAUCCAUGUGGACAGUAGGAAGAUGGAGAUUUUGACUGUGUUGGGGAUUGGUGGGGAGAAUGGAGUUUUUACUGAGGAUGCUGCAGCAACAGAUGUGCAUGUCACUGGGUGGAAUAUUUUAGGUGAAACAUGGCCCUAUUUCCGGCCAAAUUUUGUGAAGAUGAAUGAGAUCGUGGUGGAGAGAGGAUACAACAAGGCUGUUGGAUUUGUACCAACCGGCUGGAUGUAUGAGACCAAGAAGGAAGGGUAUGCAGUUAGAGCGAAGGAUUCACUUGAGAUCCAUCUUGUACCUUAUAGUGAACACUCAAGCUAUGACGAGUUGCGGGACUACGUGAAGUUCUUGCACCCAAAACGGGUAAUUCCAACUGUGGGACUUGAUGGUGGAAAGCUCGAUAGUAAAGAGGCAUUUGCUCUGCAGAAGCAUUUUACUUGCUUAGUGGAUGAGACUGCAAACAAACAGGAAUUCCUGAUGGCAUUCCACCGAAAAUCAAGAAGUGUUUCUCUUGGCCCUGAGGAUGCAGUUACUAGAUUGAGCCAGCAAGAAAUGGAGGAGGCUACUUUGUUACCUGCAAUAAGUCCAGCUCUUGAGCGAUCAGAUAAUUUGCAAGAGAAAAUUACAGUGGAAAUGAAGAAAGAUUUGUCAGAUUUCCUACCCUCAUGGGUCAGCCAGGAUCUAAUCUUGGACCUGCUAAUUAAGUCAGGCGGUGAUGUUGUUCAAGCAGCAACUGAUUUUUUUGAGAAAGAAAGAGAUUUCUUUGAGCAAGCAAAUGUUUCUAAUAGUGAAACGCCUAAGUCAGAGAUAAAUCUCACUGAUCAUGGAUCAUCUGUUGAUGCAAGUAGUCAGCAAGAAGUUCCCUUAUUUUCACAGAAGCCCAUGGAUCAACAAAAAAAGCUGAUUAAUUUGAACUCUAUGAGAAUGAAGUCAAAUCCUCCUAAAAGGGAAAGAAAGAGGGGCUCUAAUUCUGCAGACAAGCCAAAAAAGAAAGGACGGUCAAUUGCCUCAAAACCCUCAACAGAAUCCAGUGGGCGCAAACAGUCCACAAUUACAAACUAUUUUGUUAGAACUAUCACAACUGCUUCUAAAAGCGAUAUGUCCGAUGAAGUAACCGUGGAUGCAAAUCAAAGCAAUGUGAAGAAUGGUGAUCAGUUUACUGAUCUUGUAGAGUCAGAGAAGCAGAGUGUAAGCCAGCUUCUUCAGAUUAUAGAUGGUGGCAUUUCAAGAGAAUCUGCAAUUUCUUUACUUGAGAAGGCAAAAGGGGAUGUGAAUGUGGCAGUUGAUAUAUUUUACAGUAAAACUGACAGCAGUGAUGUAGAUGAAAAUGAUAAGAAUAUUGCCGUAAAAAACAUAGAAAAUGACAUGUCAGAUAAAUCUAGUAAUAAAAGCAUGCUUUGCAACUCUUCUGAGGCUACUCCAAAGAUGCCAAACUUAUGUGUACAAUCUUAUGUAACACAAGCAGAAUCAGUCAGUAUAUCAUUGCCAAUUGAAAAGUAUGUACCCAUCGAGCAUGCUUGCUGGACAGCAGGACAGUCUGCACCGUACUUACAUUUGGCUCGCACUUUUGAUCUGGUUGAAAGAGAAAAGGGAAAGAUCAAAAGUACUGCCAUGCUUUGUAACAUGUUCCGAAGUUUGCUUGCCUUAUCACCUGAUGAUGUGCUACCUGCUGUUUAUUUAUGUACUAAUAAAAUUUCUCCUGACCAUGAAAAUAUUGAACUAAACAUUGGUGGGAGUCUGGUUGUAUCUGCUCUGGAGGAGGCAUUAGGAUCGAGCAGAUCUAAAAUACAUGAGAUGUACAAAACUUACGGUGAUCUUGGUGAUGUUGCCCAAGAAUGCCGCCAGAAUCAAAUGUUACUUGCUCCUCCUCGUCCACUUUCAAUUUGCGAUGUGUUUUCCACACUUCGCAAGCUAAGUGCGAUAUCAGGUAGUGGGAGUACUGGAAGGAGAAAGGCUCUUGUCUUGCAUCUUAUUCGUUCUUGCAGAGAAAUGGAGAUGAAGUUUCUUGUUAGAACACUGGUCCGUAACUUGCGUAUUGGGGUUAUGAUGAAAACAAUUUUACCUUCACUUGCACAUGCUGUUGUUAUUGAUGGAAAAUAUUCAAAUAGUCCUGUGCUAUCUUUGGAAGGCAUAAAAUUACAACUACAGGAACUUUCAGCUGAAGUUGCUGAGGCAUACAAUGUCAUUCCUAAUCUUGAUUUGCUUAUUCCCUCUCUUCUGAGAGAAGGCACUGCAUUUUCGGCUUCAUCGUUAGCAAUGGUACCUGGCACCCCUAUCCCACCUAUGCUUGCAAGAAUUACUAAUGGGGUGACUCAAUCGCUGAAAUUGUUUCAUGGUAGAGCAUUUACCUGUGAAUACAAGUAUGAUGGUCAGCGAGCCCAGAUUCACCGAUCAAAUGAUGGAUCUGUGCAAAUAUUUUCAAGGCAAAUGAAGGAGUCAACCUCUCGAUUUCCUGAUGUAGUUAACAUGAUCAAAGAGCUGUGCAGCAUAGAAGUGUCCAGCUUUAUAAUUGACACUGAGGUUGUGGGAAUCGAUAGAAAGAAAGGAAACAAGCUGAUGUCGUUCCAAGAGCUGUCUUCAAGAGAAAGAGGGAGCAAGCACUCCUCAAUUGCAAUUCAGAACAUAAAGGUGGACAUUUGUGUUUUUGUUUUUGAUAUUAUGUUCUGCAAUGGAAAAAGGCUACUGAAUUGCCCACUUCGGGAAAGAAGAAAGUACAUCAAUGAGCUUUUUCAGGAGAAGCCAGGACAUUUUGAGUUAGCUCAGCAGCUUACUGUAGAAGCAGAUGAAGCUUAUGUGGAUAAUUCUACCACUUUGGACAGAAUGAACACCUUUUUCAAAAUGGCAUGCCAUUCUUCUUGUGAGGGUAUUAUGCUGAAAACACUGGAUGUUGAUGCUGGAUACUCUGCGUCCAAGCGCUGUGAUUCAUGGUUAAAGGUUAAGCGUGACUAUGUUGAAGGCUUAGGUGAUAGCCUGGACUUGGUUCCAAUUGGUGCAUGGUAUGGAAAUGGCCGGAAAGCUGGAUGGUAUAGCCCUUUCCUUAUGGCAUGCUACAACCCUGAAUACGAAGAAUUCCAAAGUGUCUGCCGUGUUAUGUCUGGUUUCUCAGAUGAGUUCUAUAAAGAGAUGAAGGAGUUCUAUUCUGGAGACAGAAUACUGCCUAAGAAACCUGUCUACUACAAAACAGAUGAACUUCCGGAAUUGUGGUUUUCUCCGGAACAAGUUUGGGAAAUCCGAGGUGCAGACCUCACGCUAUCCCCUGUUCACCAUGCGGCUAUUGGUCUGGUCCAUCCGUCGCGUGGGAUCUCAGUGAGGAUGCCGAGGUACAUAUGCUCUCGUCCUGAUCGGAGCCCAGAUGACUGUAGCACGGCUUGUGAUGUUGCUAGCUUGUUCAAAGCUCAGACCCGGAAGAUGGAGGUCAGCAGCGAUGCCCAGGACACAAUUCACUAGCCAGAGCUGAUCUGUCCCUGCCUUACAGGGUGUUUUUGUAGAUGUACAGAUGCAGAAUAGUUGGAAGCAAACACCUUUGUUGUCCACCUUCUUUAUUACUACUACUGUGUAAAUACUGAAUGGCACUAGCUUUU